AUGGAUGAUGACGCCAACGCGGGCCUGAAAGGCCUGAUGAAAAAAUUGCAUAAACGUUUCCAGGCGUCUACCUUCAAUGGCCUAACUCAUCUGACAUUGCAAUCGCUUGCAAACAGAUUUAAUGAAUUUUUUAGAGAUUACUUUAAUGAUCUCCAAUCCCAACCCGACCUCUCCCCCUCCCGUCUCAUCCCCCUCACCGACGCCCUCUACGCCCUCCUGUCCACAAUGAACACCCAACGCCACUUCGACGCCACCGUCUCCCGCAAGCUCGCCGACCUCCAAACGCAGCUCGACACCCUCGCCCCCUCUGGUUUCGCCGAGGCCUCCCCGCUGCUCAACGUCGUCAAGCGCGGCGUCCAGGCGUUCCACGGGGAGCUCGCGAAGCAGUACGUCAGCAGGUACUCGGGGCAAAAUUAUGCUGGUCAGUUGGUGAAGGAGAAAACAUCGCCUGAUACUAAAGCACCUAAAUUGCUUGCAAAUCCUGCUGACAACACCGAAAUAACCGAGUACGGGAGGAAGUGCGCGAAGGUGUUCCUCACCUCCCUGGCGACGCUGAGUAAUGACUUUAAGCAUCUGAGUGAUUCUUGUAAAGAAUCGCGAUUUAAUCAAAUACACACGUCGUACAAUAAAUAUAAUAAUAAGCUUGGCGAUUUAUUCAGUAGUUGCGGGUACCAGGUUUCUAUGUACCGUGAUUCGCAUGAGGGCGAGUUGCGGAAUAAGCCAGACUUUACGGGCACAGAUAUUCAUGCGAUCAUCCACAAAAAAAUUUUCAACGUUUCCUCAAUUGACCUUUUGAAACAGUGGAUGACUAAAAAGAACAAAGCAAGCAGCGUAGCUUCUAUUGAUGCAGAUAACAUGAGUCUCCUCGACAUACUUCAGUUCCUCUAUGACUGCCUUGAAAACUACUACUGCGUUUCCCACCUGCGCCACAUCGAGAGGCCUAAAUCGCCGUCGUCUGUUUACCAAAUGCUUUGUUGGUUGACUGGACUUCCGCACAAUCGCGUGUUUCCAACUGUAUCAGUCAGCGACAUUGGUGACCUGUUUGAGAAGCCGGAUGAGGCAUCCGGUGACAGCAACCCAGACGGCCCACUUGUUCUACAGACAGAUCCUGACACUUUGCCAGCUUACCCAGAAAAGAUCGCAGCCUCAACGCUGACAUCCAUUAUUCAUAAGGUUUGUGUCGACGCUGAAGACGUGCUGAUUGGAAUACUCGGCCAUGGCCACGCGGACGGCAUUUAUGCCGUCGACUUCAACACAAACCCCGACGGUUUCGCCUAUCCAACCGCCCCCGGUGCUUGCUUCGAUAUGCUGUGCGACGUGCUGAAUCGGCUUUACCUGCAACUUUUCUUCCUAUACGGGCAGUGCAGCAACGAGGAGCCCUCAGUCAGUUGGCGUGACUGUUGGUACGGAAACCAAGUAGGCGGGUCAGCAUGGAACUGCAAUGCUAUGCAAUGUCCUAACCAAAAGGGCAACCAAAUACACAAGCAAAGGUGUAACCAAAAGUGUGACCAAACAGCUCAGUGCGGUAUAAAAUCGCCGCUUCAGUCCUUUUUAGAGGAUGGUCUCCCCGGCUUUUUACCACACUCCUUCACUAAGCCCGGUUGUAAGCUGACAUGUACGCUCUCCAACCAUAGAGGUAUCCCUUGUAGAACGCCAAUGGGCUUCAACGACAUCAGUGUCACUGCUUCUCACAGGCAGAGGGGAGAGUAUCUCAAGAAAGCUCUUGAGGGCUUUUGUGGUAGUGAUUCCGCUCCACUAACUAAGCUUUGCGCUCAGCUGACGUGCCUUUUGCAGAAACCUCCGCAGACGCUGGGAGACAUCUUUGCGUUUUACUAUGGUUACCUCGGAGGAUGGGCAGCUGAUUUCUAUGGAAACUUCGGAAAAUCGAAUCCGCAUACACAAGCCGCAUUUAAGCAGGCUGUCAACGAUGCGUACUUCGGAGAACAAUAUGGACAUCUCGAUCCGACCUCGUUGGUUAGCAGCAGUAAACACGGCGAUGAACAUUCGAAAGGUAAUUUAUGCAGCAUCGCAAAUUGCGAGUCUGGCUCAGUUGCGCCAUGUGGUCUCUAUGUCAAGUCAAUGACACAGGACAUUACUAGGUAUUACUCUGCCGAACAUAAGGCCAACCAUUUGUCGUGGAUCGUGUACAUCACGGAGACAUUCUGCGAUCUGCUUAAGAAAUUAUAUGACGACUGUUGCAAGAAAUGUGGUCCAGCCGGAAGUAAAUGUCAUGUGAAGAGCUGUGUUGAAAACUGCCAAGUCAAAUACACUGAUUCAACAGGGAAGCCUACGAGUCUAUCCCCUACCCACAACCAUUCGACUUACUGCAAAUCCAUAGUUAACUGCCGUGACACUCACCCUACCCUGUACAGAUACGGUUUUACCUUCGGACACCCAUGGGGACUGAAUGGCUCUGGUAAUAAUGAAGGGUCUAAAAGGACGUGCAGAGAUUUCUGCGAAGCGUUGAAGAAGAUGCUUGCUGAAGGUUCGGUGCUUAUUGAAUUACGCAAACAAAUCGACCAAUUCUUGUGGGAUAUUAGAGAGAAAUUCUCAUUCACAGUAUUGGCCCUCUGGCUCCUCUCUGCGUUGUACCUCAUCCACAUCAUGGUCAUCCGCCUAGACCUGCUCCACAUCAAAUCGCAUCUACAUAGUCCCUCGAGUCAUAGGAUAGCCGCUCAAUCACUACUCGCCGCCGCACGUGUUAACAAGCUUAACAGAGUGUUUUACCUGCAGCCGUAA